AUGUUUAUUAAUGUUGGUACAGCGGAAAUAUUAGAAGAUGAUGCAAGACAAGUUGUAAAAAAAGCACAAGAAGCAGGUGUCGAUGUAAAAUUUGAAGAAGGUUUACAUUUAAUGCAUGUUUAUCCAGUAUUUUUUUCUUACUAUCCUGAAGCACGAAAUACCCUUGAUAAUAUUAACAAAUGGAUUCAAACAAUCUAAUCGAAAGCGAGACGAACAAACUUAUGCUUGAUCUUUUCCUGAUUUGUAAUGACAAAAGUGUGUUAGAUUCUCAUUUUUCUCUUCAAUAGCC